CACACUCGGCAUCGUUCCCGGCACGCGCCUUAUCCUAGUCAGGACGGUGAGCACGUUCUAGUGGCAAAAGUAUGCGUAAAACGGUGCAAUUUGUUAAGUAAAAAAGUAUUCUCCUCGAGGCAACCGUGGCACACGUGUUGUGAGAGGACUCCCACGAUGGAGGAACGGUUAAGCUCGCUGAAUGACGAAGAGCUGAGCACACAUGAGCAGCAGAUAAAGGAAAAGCUCAGUGUGAUCGAGGACAAACUGGCCCGGCUGCGGUCGCAAAAGUCCCACCUGGUGCAGCUGUGCGAAACGAUCCAGCAGGUGCGGAAGCAGCGCAAAUCGGCCCAACAGUCCGAUGGCGACUGGGAGCGGGAAAAUUUUCCCUGGUCGACCAAGGCGCGGGACCUGCUCGCGCUCGUAUUUUCCAUCAAGGACUACCGGCCGAAGCAGCUCGCCACGAUAAACGCACUGAUGGCCGGGAACGAUGUGCUGCUGCUCGCACCGACCGGUGGAGGGAAGAGCCUGUGCUUCCAGCUGCCGGCCCUGCUGAGCACAGGCCUGACGGUCGUAAUCUCCCCGCUCAUCUCGCUGAUGGAGGACCAGGUGUGGUCGCUGGAGCGGUUGAAGGUGCGGGCACAGCUGCUGUGCAGCACCACCAGCAAGGAGGCGGUCACCCGGAUACACAAAGAGCUGAGCGACAAGCGACCGCCAACCACGAAGCUGCUGUACGUGACGCCGGAGCGGCUGGCGAAGAGCAAGCGGUUCAUGACGGCACUGCAAAAGUGCUACAACCAUGGCAACCUGGAUCGAUUUGCGAUCGACGAAGUACACUGCUGCUCCCAGUGGGGCCACGACUUCCGGCCGGACUACAAGUUUCUCAACGUGCUCAAGGGCAUGUUCCCGAAGGCGCCCCUGCUCGGCGUGACGGCCACCGCCACCACCAAGGUGAUCAGCGACGUGCAGACGAUGCUGAACAUUCCCGACGCGCUGUUGUUCGUCGCGUCGUUCAACCGGCCGAACCUCUACUACCACGUGCUGCCGAAGCCGGCCAGCAAGCAGGAGCAGUACGAUCUGCUUGCCAACCUGCUGCUGACCCGGUUCCGCAAGCAAACGGGCAUCAUCUACACCUACUCGACGAAGGACGCGAUGGACAUUAGCAGCGAGAUGGUGGCGCGCGGCCUGAAAACGGCACCGUACCACGCGAACCUCGAGCCGGCCGACCGCACCAAGAUACACCAGCUCUGGCACGACGAGGACUUGCAGGCGGUCGUGGCGACGGUCGCGUUCGGCAUGGGCAUCGACAAGGGCAACGUGCGGUUCGUGAUACACCACACGAUGAGCAAAAGCAUGGAGAACUUUUACCAGGAGAGUGGGCGCGCCGGACGGGACGGGGCCCGAUCGGACUGCAUACUGCUGUACCACUUCUCGGACGUGUUUCGCAUCACGACUAUGACGUUCUCCGAGCGCACCGGGCUGAAGAAUGCGUACGCGAUGGUGGAGUACUGCAUCACCACGAGCGAAUGCCGACGGAAGCUCAUUUCGGCCUACUUUUCCGAGGUUUGGGGCGCCGAAGACUGUAACGCAAUGUGCGACCGGUGCGCCAACAGGGAUCUGGUGUGGCCCCAGAAGGAGAUUGCCUCGUACGUGGAGCAGCUGCACCGGAUCGUGGACAAGUGCGAGCUGGAGCAGACGAACCUUACCGGGCUGAAGCUGGUGGACGCCUGGAUGCAGAAGGGACCGACGCACGUGCGGCUAAGCGAACCGGCCCCGCUGAUCGAUCGAACCGUAGCGGAGCAGAUCGUCGCCUACCUGAUCGUGCACAACUAUCUGAAGGAAUCGUUCGUGUUUACACCGUACGCGACGCACAGCUACAUCAAGAAGGGUUCGGCGAGGGUUGCGAACAGCACGCUGAAGAUCCGCGUCGGCAAGCUGUUUCCGCUCGCGGCGAACAGUGGACCGGCGACCGCGUCGACCAGCAGUGCGGGAAGGAAACGAACGACCAGCGAAACGUCCACGCAAACGAACGGGGUGUCAAAGAGCGCUGGUAAACGGGUCCGGGCAGAGUCAGAGAGCUCCGAGGAUGAGACGAGCUCGACGUCUUCCUCCACGAGCCCUCAAAAAAGCGACGAAGACGUGGUCGUCGUGCAGGAGGUGGAAGUGAUUGACCUCGAGGAUGGAGAGUAGGAUGUUUUUUUUUUUAUUACAAAUAUAAGGCUAAUUUAACAUAAA